AUGUUUUUCUAUUCUUCCAAACCAAGAACACUAUCGAUUCGGCGUUUUUCUGCUGCAUACCAAGGUACAGAAUCAUGGUCAGUUCGACAAAUCAGAGAAAUUAUUGCGAAAAAGACAGUUCCAUUAGAUGUACCGGAAGAAAAAGAAAAUGCAAAAAAAAAAGAACGAAAAAGGGUGGCAAAAAACAUUGAUGACGAUUUCGUUCAAAAGCGAAAUUUGCUUAAUCAAAGUCCAUCAUUUUCAAAUGCAUCAUCUUUUUCAACAUUUGAUACACAAAGUGAUCAGAAACUAAGCAAAUAUCAACGACAUCCAACAGUAGCCGCUCAAACUGAAGCAAAGAUUGGUGGGUUAAGUCGUUAUUUUAAUUUCAAACCAUUAAAUUUUUCAACUCAUCAUUACACUUACUGGUAG